AUUAGAAGUGAAGUGGAAGUCAACAGAGCGAGCCGAUGGUCUGUUGAUAAAUGUGAACUGUUCGUUUAUAAGACCUAUUUUAAGUUAAUCAGCUGGUGCAAUUUUCUGUAUAGAAUUACAUUAUUCAUUUUUAUACUCUACUUCAAAAGUGUUUUUAAAUCAGCUUUCAGACCGUCAUAUUUAUUCUGAAUAAUACGUUGUAGAAAUAAUUGUUAAUAAAAACAUGUCGCAGUGAUUGUGCAUUGCAUUAAUUAUUUGAAAGAUAGUUUGGGCUAUGUCUACUGGAAAUUCAGAUAUUGAUGAAAGUGAUGAUGGCGAAGAAGGUUAUGAUUAUUACUACAAUAGUAAUGAAGAUACAGAAAUGGAGCCAAAUGACCCUCAUGCUGCAGACCCAGAAUAUUUUGAGUUCAUGUGCCUUUCCAAAGAAGAUGUCGAGAGGCUUUUUAAUGAAUGUGUAGAAAAUUUAUGUGCCAGUUUACCUAUUAAGCCUUCACUAGCCAAAUUGCUUCUACAUACACAUAGUUGGAAUACUUCUGAAAUAAUAACUAGGUAUAAAGAAGAUGCUUCAAAACUUUUAAUUGACUCUAGGAUAAAAGCUUCAAAACCAUCUGAGAUUGAUUCUCAGGCAAUUCGCAGUGCUAAGUCAUUACCAUGCUCUAUCUGUCUACUAAGUUUCUCAGGUGAGCAUUUUCGUGCUCUCACUUGUGGUCAUUGGUUUUGCAAAGAAUGCUGGGCUACACAUUUUGAAACUCAGAUUAGCCAAGGCAUUACAACAUCUAUGGAAUGUCAAGAUUGUAAUCUGCUGGUACCUGAAGACUUUGUUCUUAAUAUACUCAAUAAGUCCUCCUUGAGAGAAAAAUACCAACAGUUUUCAUUUUCAGAUUAUGUCAAAAGCCAUCCCAAACUACGUUUCUGUCCAGGUACAAAUUGUAGUACCAUAAUUUUUGCAAAGGAAUGUCAAUCAAAGCGGGUCAUAUGCAAAUUUUGUAAGACAAUUUUUUGUUUCAAAUGUGGAUCUGAUUAUCAUGCACCAACAGACUGUGAAACAAUUAAAAAGUGGCUAACUAAAUGUGCUGAUGACUCAGAAACUGCCAAUUAUAUAUCUGCUCAUACGAAAGAUUGUCCAAAAUGUAGUAUUUGUAUAGAAAAGAAUGGAGGCUGCAAUCAUAUGCAAUGCUAUAGUUGUAAAUUUGAUUUCUGUUGGAUGUGUUUAGGAGAUUGGAAUUCCCAUGGUAGUGAAUAUUAUGAAUGUAGUCGAUAUAAAGAAAAUCCUAACAUUGCCAAUGAAUCAGUGCAUGCUCAAGCUAGAGAAGCUCUUAAGAAAUAUCUUUUUUAUUUUGAAAGGUGGGAAAAUCAUGCUCGGAGCUUGCGCCUUGAAGAGGAAACUCACCAAAAGAUCAUAGAUCGAAUUAACGAAAAAGUGAUGGCAAGUGAAGGGACGUGGAUUGAUUGGCAAUAUCUGAGAAAUGCAGCUGCCCUUCUAGCAAAGUGUCGGUACACUCUUCAAUAUACUUAUCCAUAUGCUUAUUAUAUGGAGAAUGGUCCUAGGAAACAAUUGUUUGAAUAUCAGCAAGCUCAGCUGGAAGCAGAGAUUGAAAAUCUCUCUUGGAAAGUAGAAAGAGCUGAAAGCACAGACAGAGGGGAUUUAGAAAAUCAAAUGGACGUAGCAGAGAAACUCAGGACGACUCUAUUAAAAGAUUUCUUGUCUGUGUGAUGCAUCCUCUUUUUAACUGAAUGAAGUAUUUUUGUACACCAUUUUGUAAAAAAAAAGUCUCUGACCCCAUGGAUUUUAUUUUUGAAUCUUUCUCUGUAUUUAUUAGCAGUCAAUCUUAAUUUAAUUCAAUCUGUAACAGAGAAGUAAAGCAUUCAUCUGCCUGCUUGAUGUAUUCUCAGUUCAGUUCCAUCACAUGACAGCUGAGGCUCAAUUAGAAUCUUUUUACAUAGUAUUUAUUUUGUAAAAAGUUUUGUCUGGAGUUGCUUGUUCACAGAACUUUCAGCGCAUUAUCCUUCAUGAUGAUUAUGGAGGACAAGCUGUAUAAUGAGUAUUUGUAACUGUUUGAAUUGAUUUUUAAUAUGUGUCAGACUAUUAAUUUGUUGAAAAUCUUGUUGUAUAUUGUACAGUAAAAACCAUUUUCCUAAAUAAAACUAUGCCCUUUUUUUAGAAAGGUGUCUAUGUCUUAAUGUGAUUUUAUAUAUAUAUAAUAUUGUUUUCUAUCUGUACCUUUAAAUUUGUUUAUUAUUUUUACUGAGGUGUAUAAGAAAAUUAUUUAAACCUGCCCCCAUAUAAAUUAAUAAUUAUUUUUAUCUGUAUUUCAUUUUAAAUACAGAGUAUCUACUUUCAUUGUUACCCAAUAAUGAAUUUCUCUUCCAUUUGAAAUAGGUAUAUAUUACAUAUUAGAAAAGUGUUUUAAAUUAUUUCAAAAAUUUUAUUUUAAACUAAUUAGGGUUUCCUCACGACAAUAAUUGAGGUAAUCUAUGGUAUUCAUAUUUAGUUUCUUAAUUUGAUCAAUUUUGUCCAUAUAAAAGUGAAAUUUUUUUAAAUUUAAUAUAUUAAUAUGCCAAAAAUAGUUCAUUAAAUAUGACUAAAAGACUGUGGAACAAUAUAGACUUUUUAAUUUUUUCUGCAGUACAUUAACUAUAGAGCAUAAGACAUUAUUCUAUAUGUAAUUUAGAGCAUUUUUCUAACUGGCAAUAUAUAUAUAUCUUUUUAAUGGUUAAAAAUUAGCUAUUUGGCCAAGAUUAAAGUGGAUACUCUGCAUGACGUUUCAGGUAUUAUGUUUAUUUGUUCCGUCCUAAUUUCCUCCAUAAGCGCAUUAUUUAAAAAUUCAUUGCAAAUAUGGAAAUAUAUUUAUAUAAAAUGAUGCAUUACCUUUAAUCAACAUCUGUAUAUUAUGGCAUUAGAAUUACAAACUAGUCAUUAAAACUAUGCUAAUUUUCAAAUUAUCAAAACAAAAUCAAUUUAUCAAUAUGAUGCAGUGAAUUGAUAUGCACAAUUAAUUUUCAUUUUCAGUGCUUUACAGAUGCUUGCUCCAAACUUUUAUCAUUUGUAUAUUUAUAUUAAUAACAACUUUCAAAAAUGGAGAAAAAAAAGAUGAAAUUUAUGAAAAUGUGAUGUUUAUUUUUGUUGUCCUUUCUUACAUAAUUACUACGUGGCACUUCGGAAAAAGUAAAACAAAGAUGACAUGAAAUUAAAUGUUUAUAUAAGAAGAAAAUUGUUUUUGACAGCAUAGGUGUUUUUGUUGUUUUUCUCAUUCCUGGACAAAUUUUGUUAAGAUUUCUAUUUUUAAAAAAAACUUGUCAUAUGUUAAUAUAUUAAAAUACUUACUUUAAGCAUAGCAGUU